AUGACAGAACAGAAACGUCUUACUACCGAAGAUUUUAGCAAUGUAUGGAAAGAUAAUAAAAAUACACUUGCAUCUGGAUUAAAAGUUGAUUUUGUUGAACAUUUAUUAAAACAACGUUUAUCACAAGAAUGGAUUGAUGCAAAACAACGUGUUAUUCAAAUAAUGAAAUUUGAUCAAUUUGAUAAUUCACAAGAAAUAAAAAUUCUUGAUAUUGGAUGUGGUUUAGGUAUUGAUUUAAUGUUAGUAGCAGAAGAAGCUAUGCGUUUAGAUAAAACAGUUUCAAUUAUUGGUUUAGAUCAAAAUUCAACUAUGAUAGAAGAAGCAAAAAAAUUAUAUGAAAGUAAAAAAGUUAAUUUAUCAUCAAAUGUAUCUAUUAAGAUAAACCAUGGUGAUAUUCUUCAAAUGGAAUUUGAUGAUAAAACUUUUGAUAUUGUCCGAUCCGAUAUUACCCUUCAACAUGUAGAUCUUUCAAAAGCUUUAAUGGAAAUUAAACGAGUAUUAAAAGUUAAUGGUCGAUUAAUAGCUUUAGAAGGUGGUGCUGGAGGAAUUUAUAGUCCUGAUGAAAUUCUAAUUAAAACAUAUGAUAGUGUUUUACCAAGUAGAAGAGAUGGUGCAACUGGUAUUCGUUUGCAAUUUAUGUUACCAAAAAUGAAUUUUGAUAUUAAAAGUUUGAAUCCAAUACCAUUUCUUCAAUCAGGUCAUUUUUUAGCAAGUCAAGAUAAAGACUGGAUUAAAAUUCGAGGAAUGGGAGAACUUUUAGUCACAAAAGGUGUUUUAACUGAAGAUGAAAGCAAAGAUUUUCAAAGACGUUAUAUUGAAGCAUGUGAAACUAAUCAAAUACUUGCCGCUUCCAUUAUAUUCAUUAUUGAAGCUGUUAAAUGCAAAUAA